AUGCAUGAAUUCAAUAUUAUUUCUCAAAAGCUUAAAGAAAUAUACCAGAGAAUUGUUUUUGAAGAAAAUGCCAAGCUUGAAUGCAAUAACUUUGACCCCUUUAUGAUAGCGUCAUUUUUAGCAUUAAGCCGUCAAAAAAGAGCUGGAGAAAGAUCUCAGAUUUAUCUGAUGAAGAAAAG